UUAGACUCCGAGGGAGCAAGAACGUCCGUGAGGGUCGGGUCGAGAUCAACUACAACGGGGAGUGGGGUACGAUAUGCGAUGACUCCUGGGACAUGGUGGAAGCCGACGUUGUGUGUCGUAUGAUAGGGUAUCCCCAUGCCACGGCGGCGCCCAAGGCAGCGAGGUUUGGUCCAGGUGAAGGGGCUAUAAUCCUUGAUGAGAUUCAGUGCGAUGGAUCGGAGAGGACGAUCCAGGAAUGCCCCCACGACGGGUUCCUGGAUCAUAACUGCAACCACGGGGAAGAUGCCAGUGUGAUCUGUGAUCUGAACAUGCGGCUUGUGAAUGGCACCGUGCCAGGGCGUGGUCGCCUAGAGGUGUACCAUACUGGUAAGUGGGGGACGGUCUGCGAUGAUGCAUGGAGUCUGGAGAACACCAACGUUGUCUGCCAGGCCCUGGGAUACCCCGAAGCCACCGAGGAGAACCUCCCGCUCCAGACAAGCUUUGGUUACGGCACCGGUGACAUCAUCCUGGAUGAUGUGGUUUGUCGAGGCAACGAGACGGAACUAUACGAGUGUUUGCAUGAGCCGUAUUUUAAGAGCAAUUGCGAGCAUAGUGAGGAUGUCAGCGUUACCUGCCCACCUGUUGUUCGUCUGGUUGGCGGCCGAGCUCCAGAAGAGGGCAGGCUUGAAGUUUAUCACAAUGGAUUGUGGGGGACGGUCUGUGACGACGGUUGGGAUAUGCAGGAUGCUAACGUCGUUUGUCGCAUGCUUGGGUACGUUGCUGCUGAAGAACCUCUUCUUACAGUCUUCCAGCCAGGAAAUGGCAACAUCUUUCUUGAUGAGGUCAAUUGCCAUGGCAACGAGACAAGCAUUUGGGACUGCGAGAGCGAUGGACUGAUGGUCCAUAAUUGCGGGUCCAUUGAGGAUGUUGGACUGCGAUGUAAAACAGUGUUUACCACCCAUGAGCCCGUCUCCGAGCUUGAGGUGCGUCUUGUCGGGGGUCAAGGUGACCGUCAGGGUCGCGUCGAGGUCUUCUACAACGAUGCGUGGGGGACCGUCUGUGAUGACUCCUGGGACAUCAGGGAUGCCGAGGUCGUCUGCCGUAUGCUCGGAUUCCCCGGGGCGGAGUCGGCGCUCCCGUCCGCGUUCUUCGGUGAGGGGUCGGGCAGCACGUACCUGGAUAACGUUGGAUGCACAGGGGAAGAAGAGAACAUUGCGCAGUGCGUCCAUAACGGGAUCAUGGUUGAGAACUGCGGGCAUCACGAGGAUGCGGGCGUGGUGUGCUCCCCAUUGGUUCGUUUGGUGAACGGUAGCCACUACCGUGAGGGUCGGGUCGAGCUCUACUAUGAUGGCGAAUGGAGCACGAUAUGCAACGACGAAUGGGGGAUCCACGACGCUGAGAUUGUUUGCCGCAUGACAGGGUUCCCAGGGGUCGAAGGUUACCGAGUCUCCGGGGAGUAUGGGGAAGGCAGUGGAAAGAUUAUCUUGGACAAUGUGAACUGUAACGGGAGUGAGUGGGAUAUCUUUGGGUGCGGCCACAACGGUCUGUUUGUGCAUAACUGCAGACAUUCGGAAGACGCUGGGGCUGUGUGCACGUCAAGAGUGCGUCUCGUUGGCGGCACGACUAGCAACGAAGGCCGUGUUGAGAUGUAUCACAACAACGCUUGGGGAACCAUCUGUGAUGACGGGUGGGACAUCAAGGACGCGGACGUGGUCUGCCGGAUGCUGGGUUUCUACCGGGCCGAGAGCAUCCCGUCGUCAGGGAGAUACGGGAUGGGGCGGGGCCAGAUCCUCCUUGAUACACUGCGAUGUAAUGGCACUGAGGGUGAUAUUCUGGAUUGCGAACACGAUGGUCUCCUGAAACACGAUUGUGAUCAUGAAGAGGAUGCGACUGUCAUUUGCCUUGCCCCAACUGAAGCAGCGAAGAUGACCUUGGAUAUCCGUCUUGUUGAUGGUGGCAGCGCACGCCAGGGUCGUCUAGAGGUGGAAUACAACGGCGAAUGGGGUACGGUGUGCGACGAUGGCUGGGAUUUGCGCGACGCGGAGGUGGUAUGCCGCAUGCUCGGUUUCCCUGGGGCGGAGAAUGCCCUCUCUGGUGCGUUCUAUGGAGAGGGUACCGGGGCUACGGUGCUUGAUGACGUCAGUUGUGAGGGGACGGAGGAGGAUUUGGCACUCUGUCGGCAUAACGGUUAUCUGAUGGAGAAUUGCGGUCAUAGUGAGGAUGCAUCAGUUAUCUGCUCUCCGCUAGGUCGUUUGGUAAAUGGCAACAACUACCGCGAGGGAAGGGUAGAGGCGUACCACGAAGGCGAAUAUUACUCCGUCUGCGACGAUCUUUGGGAGAUGGAAGAAGGAAAUGUUUUCUGUCGUAUGCUUGGAUUUCCCGGUGCUGAAGCGGUUCACGCACUGGCCAACUUCGGACAGGGUGAGGGCGACAUUAUCCUCGAUAAUCUCAACUGCGAUGGGACAGAGGAUAGUCUGUUCGACUGCGAGGGCAGCACACUGUUCGAGCAUAACUGCAAGCAUAAUGAAGAUGCAGGAGUGACAUGCUCACAGAGUGUUCGUCUUGUGAAUGGAAGCGAUGCCCACGAAGGCAGGGUGGAGGUCUAUUAUGCAGGGGUAUGGGGUACCGUCUGUAACGACGAGUGGGAUUGGAAUGAUGCAAACAUCGUCUGUAGGAUGCUGGGCUACUCUGGAGCUGAGGUGUCACAAAAAAUGGCGGUCUUCGGAGCAGGUGUUGGUCCCAUAAUUCUGGAUGAUGUCUCAUGUUUAGGGGAUGAGUUGAGUAUCUUUGAGUGUCCUUCGAUGGGUAUCUUCAGGCACAACUGCGAGCAUGCAGAGGACGUUGGUGUUAUAUGCAUAGAAGAUAGCAAGGAGCAACAAUCCAGUCUCUCUCUGCGUCUUGCCGACGGACCAAACUCCCGAUCGGGUCGUGUCGAGAUCAAGUACGACGGAGCCUGGGGCACGAUCUGUGACGAUGAAUGGGACGUCGAUGAUGCCAACAUCGUCUGUCGCUCGCUCGGCUUCCCCGGGGCGGACCAGGCAAUACUCCGCGGCCGAUUCGGGGCCGGAGAGGGCGCCAUAGUUCUGGACAAUGUGAAUUGCGAUGGUUCGGAGGUGAACGUCGAGUCUUGCUUGCACAAUGGAUUCCUGGAGAAUAAUUGUGACCAUGACGAGGAUGCUGGUGUCAUCUGCCUUCCUCAGGCUCGUCUUGCGGAUGGGCCAAGCUACCGCGAGGGGCGCGUGGAGCUCUUCUACCAAAACGCCUGGCAUACAGUCUGCGAUGAUCAGUGGGACGAGCUGGACAGCGCGGUGGUCUGCGACGGCAUGCUUGGUCUCCCGGGAGUGGACGGCCCCCAGUGGGAGCUCUCUUUUGGGCCAGGGGAGGGGGAAAUCAUCAUGGACGGUUUGAACUGCUUGGGGAAUGAACCCAGUCUGUUCCAGUGCCGCAGCCGAGGGUUAUUCGUCCAUGACUGCACCCACUCUGAGGAUACUGGUGUGAUCUGCUCCCCUUCAGUCCGUCUCGCUAAUGGCUUUCGAGAGCAUCAGGGUCGCGUGGAGUACUACUACAAUAACCAGUGGGGAACCAUCUGUGAUGAUGAGUAUGGGUCCUGGAGCAUAGAGAAUGCCAACGUGGUCUGCCGGAUGUUGGGCUUCGUGGGUGCCGAGAGUGCCCGCGGGAGCGCGUUUUACGGAGAAGGCGACAGUGAUAUCGUCCUAGCGAAUGUCCACUGCAAUGGGAAUGAGACAAAUGUCGCAGACUGCUCGCGGAACCAGUUCUUGGACCACCUGUGUGCACAUUCGGAGGAUGUUGGGGUAGCUUGUUCACUUGGAGUUCGUCUAGUUGGAGGCAACAAACCGAGCGAAGGUCGCGUUGAGGUGUUCUACCGCAACGCUUGGGGAACCAUCUGUGAUGAUCUGUGGGAUAUGAACGAGGCUCACGUCGUUUGUCGAAUGCUCGGGUACUCCGGAGCCUCAGGAUAUACGAUAGGAGCAUCGUUCGGACAGGGCCAAGGUGCUAUAGUCCUUGAUAACAUGAUGUGCAAUGGUACGGAGGAGCGGUUGGCCGAUUGUGAUCAUAAUGGCUUCUACAAUCAGAACUGUGGACAUCACGAAGAUGCUGGGGUUAUCUGCAUUGAUCAGGUGACUCCUCCACCUGAGCCUUCCACCUCUGAACCUACCCUCCUGCCAGGCACACCACUGCUUCCCAUCGAAAUCACGAGCGGGGCAGUCCGCCUCCAGAACGGCAGCUCCGACCGUGAAGGUCGCGUCGAGGUGUUCCACAAUGGCUCCUGGCACCCAAUCUGCGAUGACACCUGGGACGAGCUGGAAGCAGAUAUCAUCUGCAGGACGCUAGGCUUCCCAGGGGCAGUUCUUGCCAAGCGGCACUCCUACUUUGGCUCAGGGAAUGGAAGCAUUCUUCUGGAUGACCUUGGUUGCUUCGGCAAUGAGACAGAUCUUCUCUCGUGCACACACGGAGGGCUGUACCAACAUAACUGUGGGUCGAUAGAACAUGCUGGAGUCAUCUGCCAAAAUACAGUAAGACUACAAGAUGGUGCCCGCCAACUUGAGGGUAGGGCGGAGCUUUACGCCAACAACGCCUGGAACACCAUCUGUGAUGAUGGUUGGGAUAUAGACGAUGCUGAUGUUGUUUGCCAGAUGUUAGGAUACCCGUCCGCCGAGGCAGCCACUGUGAGGGCGACUUAUGGUAGUGGGACAGGGGAUAUCCUACUGACAGGUGUGGACUGUAGCGGCAUGGAGAGCAGUAUCUUUGAAUGUGGCCACAGCGGACUUGACGUACCAAACUGCGAACAUUCUGAAGAUGCUGGUGUGGUCUGCUCACCAAAUGUUCGUCUUAUCAAUGGCAGCAGCAACCUUGAAGGCUGGCUUGAGUACUACUACAACGGAUCCUGGGGGACAAUCUGCAAUAGCAACUGGGACAUCCUGGAUGCCAACGUGGUGUGCAGGAUGCUUGGUCACAACUUGGCUGUGACAUCGGUGAGCCAUGACGAGUUCGGUCCAAGCGAAGGACCUAUCCUUCUGAGUGAUGUAGGAUGCACAGGACAGGAGAUGGCCCUUUCGGAAUGUCACCAUGGGCGGUUCUAUCAACACGAUUGCACACACCGUGAUGAUGUUGCAGUUGUUUGCACAGAUGACGUCGAAGUCCGACUCGUGGGCGGGAGCAGCAACAACCAAGGGCGGGUAGAAGUUAACUUCCAAGGUUCUUGGGGGACAGUCUGCGAUGACUAUUGGACCAUUGAGGCUGCUCAUGUUGUCUGUCGAAUGCUGGGGUACCCCGCUGCAGAUGGGUACGAACCAGGUGGUUUCUUCGGACCCGGUGAGGGGGCUGUAGUGUUUGAUGAUGUGCGCUGCACCGGAAACGAGACAAAUCUUGCUGAUUGCAGGCAUCGUGAGACGUUGACCAGUAACUGCGGACAUUCUGAGGAUGUAGGAGUGAUCUGUGCAGAGAUAGUUCCAUCCACAACCUUGCCCCCACCCAUCGUUCCUCUGAAUGUUCGUCUCGCAGACGGUGAGACUAACCGUAGAGGUCGCGUUGAGGUCUUCUACAACGGUAGCUGGGGGACCAUCUGUGAUGACUAUUGGGAUCUUGAUGAUGCUGAGGUUGUCUGCCGUAUGUUGGGGCUAGGGCCCGCUCAAAGGGCAUACGGUGCAUCUGAGUUUGGACCUGGAGAAGGGCAAAUAGUCCUGGAUGAUGUGGAGUGCUCAGGAAUGGAGACCAAUCUGGCUUACUGCAGACAUGGAGGAUUGUUGAAUAACAACUGUGGACAUAGUGAAGAUGCAGGAGUAGUAUGCGCCGCUCCAGAACCAACCAAGCCUCUUCAGGUACGUCUAAUGGGUGGAGCCAGUGAAAUGGAAGGUCGAGUUGAAGUCCUCUACAACAACACCUGGGGAACCAUCUGCGAUGACCUUUGGGACAUCAAUGAUGGCAACGUUGUCUGCAGGAUGCUGAACUACACCAGGGCCGUCAGUACACCAGGAGGAGCAGCAUUCGGCCAAGGGAGUGGACUGAUUGUCCUUGAUAACGUUGAGUGUCAGGGAUAUGAAGCAAGCCUCCUGGAUUGCCAUAGGACCGGUUUCUUGGAGCAUAACUGUGGACAUUCAGAGGAUGCCGGGGUAGUUUGCACAAAUAUAACUGGUACAGAAGCCCCAACAACUCCCAUGCCCAGGCCUAUCGUUGACUUGCAGGUGCGCCUUGCUGGUGGCAGCAAUAAUCGAGAAGGGCGUGUUGAGGUGUUCUACAAUGGUUCUUGGGGAACCGUCUGUGAUGAUUUUUGGGAUAUCAACGAUGGCGUUGUUGUUUGUCGAAUGCUGGGGCUUGGAAGGGCUAUGAGGACGUACGGCGCUGGCCAGUUUGGUUCUGGUGAGGGGCCAAUUGUCCUGGACGAUGUACAGUGCCUCGGAACGGAGGAGAAUCUUGGAGAAUGCCAGCAUGGUGGGUUCAUGGUCAAUAAUUGCCAACACACCGAAGAUGCUGGAGUGCAAUGUAAUGUGGAGUGCCUGACAGGAAGGCAGAAGUUCCUAUUUUCAAAGUCUUCAGUAUUACUCAGCCAGGAAUCAAACCCAUGA